UGGAGAAAGCAUGAUGAUGGACGAUCGAGAUCUCGAUCGAGCCUACAAGGAGGCAGUUGUUAAAGUAGUCAGCCGUGGAGCCACCAAUCGCCUUCUGUCUCUCGCUCGUAGCGGUGGCGUGGAGGCGUCUACCCUAUCUCAGUUCUAUCAGAUCAAUGGCACAUUCAACAGGUGAAAAGAAGCUUAUCAGUAUCGACGUUAGUUCCGACACUGUCUGCCCUUGGUGUUUUAUUGGAAAACAGAACCUUCAAAAGGCCAUAGAUUCAGCAAAAGAUCGAUUUAACUUUGAGGUUCGGUGGCAUCCAUUUUUUCUCAACCCUGAUGCACCCAAAGAAGGAAUUAACAAGACAGACUUCUAUAAACAGAAGUUUGGAGCUUCACAGUAUGAGGCGAUGAUGUCUAGGAUGACAAAGAUAUUUAAUAGCCUUGGAUUUGAGUAUGAUACCUCUGGGUUAACGGGAAGUACACUGGAUAGUCACAGGCUUAUAACAUUUUCUGCAAGCCAAGGUUAUGAUAAACAAAAUGCUCUUGUAGAGGAGUUGUUCCUCAACUACUUCUGUCAAGGAAAGUAUAUUGGAGAUCGGAAAGUUCUAUUGGAUGCUGCUCAGAAGGUUGGCAUAGAAGGAGCUUCAGAAUUGCUCCACGACCCAACAAAAGGGAUAGAGGAGGUCAAUGAAGAGCUUGAAAAGUAUUCUUCUCGCAUCAAUGGAGUUCCCCACUUUGUGAUUAAUGAAAAAUACAAGAUCAGCGGUGGACAGCCUCCUGAGGUGUUCCUGCGAGCAUUUCAAGCAGCUGCAGAUGAUGAUUCCCGACAAUGAUUUUUUUUAUUUUGAUAAAUAAAAUAACGGUUAAGCAUGCAUUUCACUAGAAAAUGUUUACCUGUUUUAAUAAUCCUUCAUGAUGAACUCUCAACUUUUCCAAAUCAGGAAAUAAUAUUUUGUUAUCGAUUGUUUGUAUCA